AUCCUGGUGGUCUUUAGCAUUAUUACAAUGGGGAGACCAUUGUUUCCCAUUAACACUACUCCAAUCCUCUUAAAAGGAGAAUCCUAUCUGCACAUCAGCCUGGCUCAGGCACAUUUAUAGCUACAGGUCAUUUCUUUCCAGCUGACACAGAUAAAUGGUUGGACUCGGAACACCUGAGAAGCAACCCUACCAUCACCAAGUGAGCACACAAAGCUGUGGAGGUGAAUGCAGCCUGUAGAAGGAGGAAGAAUAAAUUAAAGGACAAAAUAUCAAAUAAAGGCACAAAACAGCAAGAAGCAAAAAAGAGGGAAAGCAACUAAGUGUUAAAAGGACGAUACAAGCAAAGGACUUUGGAUUUUCUUUUUGUUCCUUUUCUCUGCCUUCUGAUUUACGGAGCACAAUGGGACAGCAGUUCACCAAUGCGGAAGGGGAGCAAGCAGAGAUUGAUGUUGCUGAAUUGCAGGAAUGGUAUAAGAAAUUUGUGGUUGAAUGUCCCAGUGGGACUCUCUUCAUGCAUGAAUUCAAGAGGUUCUUUGGGGUCCAGGAUAACCGAGAAGCAGCAGAGUAUAUUGAAAACAUGUUCAGAGCUUUUGAUAAGAAUGGGGACAACACCAUUGAUUUUCUGGAGUAUGUGGCUGCCUUGAAUCUUGUUUUACGAGGAAAACUGGAACACAAGCUGAGGUGGACGUUCAAAGUGUAUGACAAGGAUGGGAAUGGCUGCAUAGACAAACCUGAGCUGCUAGAAAUUGUUGAGUCUAUCUACAAGCUGAAGAAAGUGUGUCGGUCAGAGGUGGAGGAGAGGACUCCGCUGCUCACGCCAGAGGAGGUUGUGGACAGGAUAUUUCAGUUAGUGGAUGAGAACGGAGACGGGCAGCUGUCCCUUGAUGAGUUCAUUGAUGGGGCCAGGAAAGACAAGUGGGUGAUGAAGAUGUUGCAGAUGGAUGUAAACCCCGGGGGAUGGAUCUCGGAGCAGAGGCGGAAGAGUGCUUUGUUUUAAGAGGACCCAGUCUGGACAUGACAGAAAGCGUGAUGCAGACUACAGCUGUGGCUCUCUUACUCCAGGGCGGUAGUGGCUUUCCUUGUUAAUGCAAUCUUAGCAUCCAAAUGAAAACUUCAGUGGUUUAAGAAGCCGUAUCUCAAUCUAAAACCCGUGCGCUGCAAGGACACCUGGUACCCAGAGACUAUUUUUGGCCCAUGAAUAAGUCUUCCUGUGUACACAACACCAUGUUUGCCAGCUCUGGCUUUUGGUUACACCCCAAGGAACAAACUUCUCGUGGCUAACUGCAGUGGAUCCUGUGCAGUAUCUAACACUGACGACAGAAUCAGGAAGUGAGAAAUCCUGAUGCUGUGGUACCAUCUCCAGCACAGAGUAGUGCCUGUGUCGUUAACAUCCGCAGGUACAGACAUCAAACCAAAAGGGACAAGAAUUGAGGUGCUCCGAUGGCAGACUUCAUGCAGUCAGGAAGUCUGUUCUGUAAUACGUACACUGUUUAGUAGAUUACUAAUAAUGUAUAAUUCUUGAACACUGUUGUAUCACUAUCAAAGGAGAAAUACAUUAUGAGGGUUUGCAUUAGAUAUAAGUUAAGAUUGCACACAGUAGAGGGAAAUACAAUGUAUGGGCUGGGCAGGUGGACCAGUAACUCCUUGUGUCUCCUGCUGUGGACCAGAGUCUGCUCCUUACGCCCACUCAAACAGGUUUCUGUGGGGCUGGAAAAAUGGCAUUUCCCUGCCAAGCAGCAGUAGGAACUGUACCUCUGAACAGCCACAUCUAGAGGACAGAUUUGCAUGAAUGUGAUCUGCUUUUUGAGGCCCUGUUUUUUACUGAAUCAUUGUUUUAAGAUAGUUUUCUCUGCUUUGUGAAAACUGGAACAAGCCAGGAGUACCUCCAGGAGUUUCCCUGCAGUGGGAGAAGUUCCCUGUGGAAUGAGGAUGCAGGAAGAGCUGGGUUUUACUCAGCAGUCUCACCACGAUGGCAGGGCUGGUGCUGCUUUGUCAGCAGGACCGUAGGAUGAAACCAGUGACAGAAAAAUCCAAGUGAGUUACUGAAGUAGUACAGUGGUUUUACACUGGACUUAAUUUAGCUAUGCUACAGAUAUAAAAUUUGUGCAGCUUGUAGGUUGAGCUUUACUGUUUAUACAGCUACCCCAUAUAUCUAUAUAAGUAUGUUUAUAUGGGAAGAAUUUGAGCUGACUAAUACUUUCAUUCACUUUCAUCGGAUUUAUUGGAUUUUUUACAAGAAAAUAUUUACCUGCAAAAUAACAUGAGCUUUUCUGUUUUAUUUGUCUUCCCUUGGGAUCACUGGGCCAAGUCAUGUCCGUGAAGAGAUUUGCAAUCCUUUUUUUUUUUUUUUGUGGCCUUUAAUCACAAGAGUUAUCUUUCGUUAGGUGAUCAUUUUGCUGGUUUUGUCAAUUUAACCAAUGUUUAAAUUCCAGACUAGGAGGAAGUAUUCAGGGUAGGGCACAAUCAGUGCUAGAGUUCAAAUGCAUAUACAUUUCCACUUCUAAAUAGCCUUUCUGAGAGUUCUCUGUAAAUACACUCGCUUGUGGCCUGUCUACUUAUCAGAGUAGAUUAGACUUCUAGAUUUUUUCUGCUGUUCAAAGCUCAUUCAAUUCAAUAGUUUAUCAGUCAAAGACCUGAAAGAAAAACCUUGCUUCCGGCUAACAUCAGGGCCUGGAAGAAAAGAUUUACUUUGCUGAUUUUUCAACUCAUGGGCCAAUGCUUUCACUGAUAGGUACAAAUCUCUAAUUCCCCAAGUUUUAGCAUGUCAAGCAAUGUAAUGCACUUCUCUUCUGCUUCUCACAACUUUUAGUUAUAUGGAGUUGCAUACUGUAGUUUUAUGUAAAUGUUUUGAAUUUCCAUUCUCUUCACCAGGCUCUGGAGGAGCUGUCGGGCACCUCCCACACCCGCAGUCCUGUGCCGGGGUGGUAGAGGGCAUCCUAACACUGAGCACUCGCGUGGCUGGUGGUAGAAAUUUUGUAAGAAUUUAAUAAAGGAUUAUUAAUUUGU